GUGCUUGCCGGGAUGCCACCAAAGAGUACAAGAGCGCAUGGCAGCGAAUCCUCCGGUUCGUCGUCGACUUUGACAGGAUGGGUUCUACGCGUGAACGAGCACCUUGGGGAUUCUUUGGCUGACAGUCACAGUGGCAGAGAAACAAUACACACUGGGCCAAGCGAACAAUCUGGGCAAUCUGGACAAUCUGAGCACUCUGAGCAAUCUGGACAAUCCGGACAACCUGAGCACCCUGGGCAAUCUGGACAAUCUGGGCAAUCUGAGUACUCUGAGGAAUGUGGACAAUCUGGGCAAUCGGAGUUCUCUGAGCAAUGUGGGCAAUCUGAACACUGUCACUCUGGGCAAUCUGGUUCGGAUGAGGAGAGGACGGUUUCGGAUCCUCAUCCGCCUCGAUCAUCCGAAUCGACAUCAGCUGAGAGCCGACAAGCUGUUCCAGAACCAGUCACAGCUGUUCCUCGUCCAGUGGGUCUACAGUCACCAGCAAGGGAUCCCAAGUCUGGGUCUGCCGAGGAUCAUCGGAAUGAGCCCUGUCUCUUCCAUUCCUACCAAGGUUGUCUGAAAGGGGAUCAGUGUGAAUAUUCACAUCUUAUCCAUGCCGAUCAAAUCCAGAUCCCGGGGCCCAAGACCCGGCGCGGCCACGCCCUCCUGCGCAUCAAGCGGCGCUUGGCGCAUCGGCUAAGCACCGCAGAUCUGUAUUUGGUGCAUCACGAGCUCCAGGCAGAGGCGCGGAAGGACCCCUACGCCAAG